CGUCGCGUUAGGACAUUUUACUUUCCGCCGUUUGCCCAACUUUUGACUGAUCCGAUUUAUUUAUGUGCUUUUUGAGUUAAAAACAAUACAAAACGAUGUCAUUCUUAGCGCAAGGAGUGCGCCAGGUGCUGCGCCAGCUGCCCAAGCAAAGCGUCUCACUAGCAGGUGCCAUGCGUUCGCUGAGCAUUUCGCCGGCUGUGGGGCAGCAAAACAAGCCGGCGACGGAAUCGGUGGAUAUAUCCGCCAUAGCCAAGGAUCAGCAGAAGGAGUGCCAGAACAUUUGCGAGCGAAUCAACCGCCAGGUGCAGAAGUCCGAGCAGGGACGCCUCUUCGCAGUGGUUCACCUGUGCGGCAAGCAAUUCAAAGUAACUCCUGGCGAUGUUAUCCUGGUGGAGGGCUAUUGGCCCCCAACGAUAGGCGACGAGAUCAGUCUGGACAAGGUCCUUUUGGCCGGCGCCAGGGACUUCACCCUCGUGGGCAGGCCCAUUCUGGAGCCCGGACUCAUAACCGUGAGGGCCACCGUGGUGGAGAAGACGCUCAGCCACACGAAGACCCACUUCCGCAAGAAGCGCAGGAAGCAGUACAUGAGGAUCAACUUCCAGCGAUCACCGCACACCAUGGUCAGGAUCAACUCCAUCGAACUGACCCGUCCGGUAGACGGGAAGGGCGAGGCGGAGCUCCCGAAGCGCUUGUUUUAGUUUAAAAUGCUGUUGAUCAAGAAAAAUAAACCAAAUCUUUGGAAGGUAAUUAAGAAA